AUGGCGAACUAUUUCGUCGAAGGCCGCUGCGACUGCCCCCGGCUCGCCCGCUGCCAACUCCUCGCCGACAGACUCACCGCCCUCGUGCCUUCUCUUAAAAUUCACUUUCGCCUCUUCGAGCCUUCCGAGUUCAAAGACAGACUCAAAGUCAUCGCCCGCAGCUUCCCAGCGCUCGACCCCGCGCUGCACAGCGAGGGCCCCGUGGUGUACACCAGCGGGGGGGUCUUUGUGGGGGACGACAGCAGCUUUGCUGCAGCAGCAGCAGCAAAGUACAAAGUAGCAGCAGCAGAACCGGACUUGGAGGGGGCCGCCUUAGCUGCUGCAGUUCACAAGUUGGUGCUUUUCAAUUCGCAGCAGCAGCAGCAGCAAAAAGAAAAAGACAAAUUCGGGGCCCCCCUGGCUCUCCAGGCAAACGCGAGGACGCAGCAAAUCCUCGCAGCAGCAGCAGCAGCAAACCCCACUUGCCCCCACCACAUACAGCAGCAGCACCGGCUGCUGCAGCAGCAGCAGCAGCAGCGCCAGCGGCAGAAGAAGCAGGAGCUGAUUCGCAUGCAGCAGCAGCGGCAGCAGCAGCAGCAGCAGCAGGAACAGGAGCAGCGGCAGCAGGAACAGGAGCAGCCGCAGCAGGAACAGGAGCAGCCGCAGCAGCAGGAACAACAGCAGGAGCAGCAGCAGCCGCAGCCGCAGCAGGAGCCGCCGCAGCAGCCGCCGCAGCCGCCGCCGCAGCAGCAGCAGCAGCAGCGGGAGUGCAGCGAGCUGGUGCCCGCGAGUCUGCUGCUGGAAGCCACAGUGCCGCGGGGCUGCCCCAAAAGCACCUGUGACUUCAAACUGCUGCUGCACCCUUCGCCUUUGCUGCUGGGCCAUUUGGCUGCGGUGUCUCGGGAGUGUGUGCAGCAGGUGUCUAGACACUGCAGCGGGGGGGCCCCGCUGCUGCUGCUGCUGAGCGGUGCGCAGCAGCAGCAGCUUGCGAACGCGAGUCUUUAG